AUGGCAAAACAAGUCCCAGUGCACUUUUUUGACAUCUUGUCAACCCUUCCCGGACCGUGCAAAGCAUGGUCGCCCAACACAUACAAGACGCGCCUCAUCUUGAACUACAAGGGUAUCCCAUACACGCAGACCUAUGUUUCUUAUCCAGAUAUCGCGCCCCUGCUUAAAGGGCUAUCUGUUCCGCCUCACCCGAAGGGAACUGCGCCUUUCGACUACACUCUUCCCGCCAUCUGCCAUCCCUCCGUGAAGUCUACACCGUCAGGAGCCAUGAACGACUCUCUCCCUAUCGCUCGUCACCUGGAAGAGCACUUCCCGGAGCGACCCAUCUUCCCGUCAGGUGACGCCAGCUAUGCCCUGGCGGUUGCGAUAAACAAACUCAUGGGCCGUGUUGGCUUUGCGGCGUAUAGGCUCGUGAUUGUCCCUAUCGCGGACAUCCUCGACCCGCGUGGGAAAGAGUACUAUCACCGAACGCGCUCGGAGAAGUGGGGUAUGCCUUUUGAGGAGAUUCGCCCAACGGAUGAGAAGCAGUGUCAGGAGAUGUUAGAGACGGCGAAGACGGAGAAGGCGACCAUAGUGCAGAUGCUCAAAGGCAAGACAGGAAAGACGGGUCCCUUUUUUGAGGGCGAAAAAGCUGGAUAUGCUGAUUUUCUAGUGAUGGCAUUUCUGGUCUGGUUCAAGACUGCGGAUGAGAAGGUCUGGAAGGCGCUAGUCGAGUUGGGAGAUGGCGAGGUCAAGGCCCUCUGGGACGCCUGUUAUCAAUGGGUGGAAGGACAAGGUGAGAAUAAGGACUGGAAGAUUGAUCAGUAG